AUCGGCGAUCACUCCACCGACUACCGAGUUCACUGAUUAUUGUACUAUUCAUUAAUCACUCAAACACGUGAUGUACUAAUGUGCCUAAAAUUUUUUAUUAGUUAUUUUUUAAAUUUAAAAUCCUUAGACAUGAGUAACCGAAAACAGUAGGAACGAUUCAGUACGAGUGAGCGGUUUAUUGUUCAUUAAUUUCCCCGAAACUACCGGUCGCGCCAUGGUAGUCCAGAAGAAAGAAAGCGUGUUCAACACACUCAACGAAUGCGAAGUGGAAGAUAUCACUUUAGAGUUUUUCUACAAACCGCAUACCAUAACUCUAUUGAUAUUGUCAAUUGUUGGUGUAAUUUUUAUGUCCUUCAUUCGAGAUGAUAAAUCAAUUGAUAGCAAUAUCUGUGCUGGAAUCUGGUGCGUUAUAUUUUUUCUGCUGCUUGUAUCUUUAUUGGCAUUCCCAAACGGUCCUUUUGUUAGACCUCACCCAGCGGUCUGGCGAAUGGUAUUUGGACUUAGUGUUCUAUAUUCUUUAACAUUGCUGUUUUUAUUAUUUCAAAAAUAUGAAACGAUUAAAGGCAUGAUAUUAUGGCUUGAUCCUAAUCUUAAAGAUUUCCGAAUUGAUAUGGAUAAAGAGUAUGGUGUUAACUGUUCAGAUAUUUCUGUGGAAAAGUUUUGGGCACAUUUGGAUGUAUUUGCUGCUGGUCACUUUUUUGGUUGGGUAUCCAAAGCAAUACUAGUGAGGCAUUAUGGAAUAUUGUGGUCAAUGAGCAUGAUGUGGGAAUUCACUGAAGUGAUGUUUUCUCAUUUAUUGCCAAAUUUUAAAGAAUGUUGGUGGGAUGCUUGGAUUUUAGAUGUUUUACUUUGCAAUGGAUUUGGUAUAUGGGUUGGAAUGAAAAUUUGCAAAAUGUUAGAAAUGAGAGACUAUAAUUGGCCUGGUAUUAAAGAUAUUGAUACAACUAAAGGUAAAAUCAAGCGAGCUGCACUACAGUUUACACCAGCUAGUUGGACACAAGUUCGAUGGCUAGAUCCAAAUUCAUCAUAUAUGCGCUUUUUUUCUGUGUGCCAAAUGGUAAUUAUGUGGCAAGUAUCUGAACUGAAUACAUUCUUCUUGAAGCACAUAUUUGAAAUGCCACCAUCACAUCCACUAGUUGUUGGCAGACUUUUCUUUUUGAGUAUUGUAGUUGCGCCAUCUACUCGACAAUAUUAUACAUAUGUGACAGAUCCUAAUUGUAAAAGACUUGGGACACAGUGUUGGGUCUAUGCAGUCAUAAUGGUCACAGAGUCACUGUUGUGUAUAAAGAAUGGAAAAGAACUAUUUCAGCAGACUGAAAUUUUUAACAUAUCAGUAUGGUUGAUGAUCAUGCUAUUUUUCUCCGUUGUCAGUGUUUUGGGUUUUUGGCAGGCUAAUUGGUUAACGGGAAAAAAAUUUGAUGCAGAUGUUCCAAAUUCAAUUUCAAACGAUAACAAUGUUGAAGAAGACUACAAAACCAGCAAAAACAAAACUCUUUAAAUUUAUUUGUCCAAGUAGUGUUGAUUAGUAUAUGCCAAAAAUUACAUAAAUACCUAUUAGAAUCAUUAGAUGACAUUACAAAUUGUUAACUUGAUAUAUGUGACCUAUUCCUUAAAAUAAUUAUUUUGGUAUUUAUUUAUUUAAAAAUGGGACAUGUUUAUUACCUUUAUAAGUUUUUUAAUAUCAGAUCUUGUAUUGUUAUUAGUUAUUGUAAUAACCUUAUGAUAAAAGACUUAUUUAAGCCUAGUCACCUUAUGUGUAUUUGUUAUUACCUAUUUUAAAUCAUUUUUCUUUAAAAUGCUACGGUUAU